AUGGCGUCAAAUGCUAUUGUUGAUUGCGGUGAUGACGACCCCAUUUACCAACCACGUGGUGUAGAACAUGUUUCUCCGAGUUCGGGCAAAAAGACAUACACUCCAAACUCAUCAUCCUCGAUGACUCCAGUCGUUGGCAUGGUAUUUGACAUGGUAGAUGCUGCUUACAACUUCUACAAAGCAUAUGCACAUGCGGGUGGCUGGACUGUAAGGAAGGGAACAGAGCAUACAAAAAGGACUGAGGCGCACAACCAUUCUUUCGUGCAUGAAGAAGAUCUCCACUUACUUAGGGAAAAUAGAAGCCUCAGCCGUUCGCAUGAGGAUAUGAUAAAGAAGAUGUCCAACUUGAACAUUGGUCCUGUUCGAGCAUUCAACAUCAUGAAGGAGUUGUGUGGUGGUUUUGAUAAUGUCGGGGCGACCAAAUGUGACUUCAAAAAUUUUAAAAAAGAACUAAAUGUGUUUAUUGGUGAGUUUGAUGCCGAGAUGCUUGUCAGGCGUCUAACUAGGAAAAAAGAGUUUUUACCUAAUUUUACGUGUGAAUACCAAACUACUGAGGAAGGUGUUUUGAAGUGUCUGUUCUGGGCUGAUGAGGACAUGAAAAGAAAUUUUUAUAUGUUCGGUGAUGUUGUGUCCUUUGAUGCCACGUACAAGCGAAACAACUUAUACAUUAUGAGCUUUUCCGGCAACUGUAUAGUCCCUUUCACUGGGAUUGAUAAUCACAAUCGGAAUGUCACACUUGGUGCUUCUAUUAUUGGUUCCGAAACUGCUGAGACAUAUAGUUGGUUACUUAAUGUGUUUAAGGAUGCAUUUGGAUAUGCACCACGAGUAAUUGUUACUGACCAAGACCCUGCGAUGAAGAGGCCUAUUGAGGAUGUUUGGCCUGAUUCAAGGCAUCGGUUAUGCAUGUGGCACAUCAUGGAUAAACUUACCACAAAGGUUGGACCAACUAUAUGUGCAAACACCGAUUUCAGGAAAAGAUUGUCUGCAAUUGUCUGGACGGAUUCUUUAUUGCCUGAAGCGUUUGAGACCGAAUAG